AUCGGACCUCUGUCCACUUCGUCGACAAACCUUGUCGCUAGUCCCUGUCUUUGUCUGGCUGUCUGUCUGCCCUGACGUAAGGACUUAAAAUUAUGAUCUGAGACAACCUGAGUAUCAAGAGAAUAAAAACGAAGCAAAUCGCUCGUGUUUUAUCAGUGUUCCAAGACGAAUCGAGAGAAAGAAAGGGCGCCAGCCAGCAUGGAGACGCAGGCCGAUGACAGCACUCAGAACCGCCCCAGUGUGUACGCCAUCACCGCUGCGGUUGACUUAUCGGAGCAGGACCUCGACAGCGGCCAAGACCUAAAUGAUACUAAGAGGGACAUUAAUGACCCCAAACGCCCUUAUAGUUCGUCGGAUGACAUCAGCGUGCGGGAUAUUAGCAACCCGACCACGGACUGUGAGACAAUGAUCCACGUGCUGAAGGGCAACAUUGGCACCGGGCUCCUCGCAAUGCCCGAAGCCUUCAUGAAUGCCGGCCUGUGGGUGGGCUUCUUCGGCAUACCCAUCAUGGGCAUCAUUUGUGUCCACUGCAUGCACGUCCUGCUCAAGUGUUCCAAGGAGCUUUGUCGGCGGGCCAAGGUAUCGGCCCUCAGCUACGAGGAGUCGGCUGAGAUGGCCUUCAAACUCGGGCCAGGAACGUGCCCCAAGUACGCAACGGCUGUCGGUUACGUCAUCACGACAUUCCUGCUUAUAACACAAGUUGGCUUCUGCUGCGUCUAUUUCGUGUUCAUCCCGCAGAACAUCAUGCAGGCUUUAGAGUGCAUGGUUGGCGGCACCGGUAUCAGUCAGCUGGGGUACAUGGCCAUCUUUAUUUUGCCCAUUCUUCUUAUCUGCUACAUCCCACAUCUCAAGUACCUAGCCCCGAUCUCCCUGGUGGCAGGGGUGAUUCAGACAGCAGGUCUGAUCAUCUGCUUCUACUACAUGGUCCGCGACCUUCCCGAAAUUUCCGAAGAAAUCCCAGGCUGGGCCGGCUGGUCGAAGCUGCCGCUGUACUUCGGCUCCGCAAUUUACGCCUUCGAAGGCAUCGGCCUUGUCCUGCCCCUGGAGAACAAGAUGAGGACCCCCAAGUCCUUCCGGGGCUUCACUGGCGUCCUCAACACGGCCAUGAUGAGCGUCAUCAUCCUCUACGCUGCAAUGGGCUUCUUCGGUUAUCUCCAGUACGGGAGCAUGGUCGAGGGAUCUAUCACCCUGAAUCUGCCGCCGAAUGAAGGCUUGGCCCAGUCGGUGAAGAUCCUGAUGGCGGCGGCCGUGUACUUGACGUACCCCUUGCAGAUGUAUGUACCCUUCGAAAUCCUUACGCCCUCGCUGAGGGACCGAUUCGACAGCCCUAGAAAUAAGUUCCUGGCGGAGUAUACCCUCAGGACAUGCCUGGUGCUGCUCACUUUUGUCCUCGCCGCUGCGAUCCCCAACAUCGGCCUCUUCAUUUCGCUCGUGGGGGCCGUGAGCAGCUCCACUCUAGCCCUUAUCUUCCCUCCGCUCAUUGAGGUCGUCACCUUCUGGCCCGAUAGAGGGCCCUACAACUGGCGUAUCAUCAAGUGUUCUCUUAUUGCUCUCUUCGGAAUCAUCGGUUUCAUCACUGGCACUAUCAGCAGUAUCCAAGCCAUCGUCGACUUCUUCGUAAAUGGGCAAAAAGGACCUGAUUUUAGCUGCUAACGUGGAUCGAGAAUGUGAGACCUGAGAAUGUUACACUGUGAAGACCUGGCCGCCGAUUUAUAUUUUUUCUUUUCUUUUUCUUUCAUUGUGUGUGUGAGGGACAGACAGGCAGACAGAGCGGAAGAGAGAGAGAGAGAGAG